CAAGAACAAAGUGCAGUUUGAUGACAGUUCACAUCAACCCCGUAAAUGACAGCAGAUUUGAUUUAAAAGUAUUCAUCGUAACAUAUGAAGAAAUAAAGAAACGAUCAAUCAGAGUUGAACCUUGACGUGAAUAUAACAAAAAUUCGAAAUUUUAUUCAAAACGUGCCAAACAUUUUAUAAUUGUCGAAAUGAACUACAAUUCGUUACCGUAUAAAGUUGAAUAUUCUGUUGGUGAGCAGAAUUGUAAAAAAUGUGAGAAAAAGAUUCGAUCAGGAGCCUUGAAAAUAGCCAUUAUGAUGCAGUCCGAAGACGACGACUGUCAAUAUCCCGUGUGGUAUCAUACGAAAUGUUUCUUCAAAGUCCGUUUGCCACAAACCGAAGCCGCUUUUGAUGGAUUCGCUAAACUGCGCUAUGCCGAUCAACAGUCAAUAAAAGUGCAACUAGGUAACGUUGAAAACGAAUUGAAAACUGUUCAGAAAAAACAACAGGAGAAAGCAAAACUACCCGAUUUUCAUAUCGAAUACACAAGAUCGGAACGAGAUGCAUGUACGGGAUGUAAGCAAAUGAUUCGUGUGCCCGAACUGCGUGUAAUGAAUGUACAGUAUGUAACCGAUCUGACGGUUGAAAAUUUUUCAUUUGGUGGCAAGGCGACAUGGUAUCAUAUUCCAUGUUUUGUUCGUUCAAGACAUGAUUUGGGGUGGUUAGAAUCAGCUGAAUCAUUACCUGGAUUCAAACGGCUUUCAGAAGAUGAUAAACAAAUCGUUAAGAAACAAAUUCCGAUUAUAAAGCGAAAGUUCUAUACGUCAACUGUCUGUGGUGAUGCAAACUCGUCCGAGCUGGAAAAACUCAUUGAAACUCAAAAUCAUGAAUACUAUACACUUUACGAUAAAUUGGCAAAGAACGUUUCCAAAAAAGAGCAAAUUGAAAUCUUGGAGAGAAACUCACAAUUGGUGCCCAAAACUAAAACCGAGAUUCUUCAUCAGUUGACCGAUACUCUUUACUUCGGCGCGCUGCAAUAUUGUGCUAAAUGCUACAUAGGGACAAUGUUUUUCAACAACACCACAUAUUCUUGUUCGAAUUACACAUGUUGGGGCAAAUGCAAUAACGACGUAAAAGAACCAAAACGACGUAGCGCUUAUGUUGGUUAUCAACUCCACAAAAAGUAUCCAUUUUUGCCAAUAUCAUCACUUGUGCGCACUCGUGCAUUACAUCAUUUUAGGUUUGAAGACGAAAAUGGUGUUGAUUUGGUGAAUGUGUCAUACAAAAAUCCACCACUUUUCAAUAUGGAAUUUACAUUAAUUGGUAAACUUAAAAUGUCGCGCAAAGAUAUCGAGAGCCUAAUUAAAAAGAGUGGAGGUCGUAUUGUAAAUGGAAUCCAUGAUAAACUUGCUGCUGUAAUUUCGAAUCAAGAAGAAAUUGAAAAGAUGAGUUCGAAAAUGACUGAGGCUAAAGCAUGCAACGUUCAAGUAAUUUCAGAAGAUUUUUUAUCCCAAUUGGAGACUGUCGAUCCGUUUAGCUACAUUAUCAGUUGUAGUCUGAGUGAUUGGGGAGGAAAUCCAUAUCUUCGUAUCGAACAAAAUGUUGUAAAGUCCAGGAGAGAAACAAAUUACUAUACAAAAUCAUUACCGGAAAAAAUCACAAUUAAAUUGAAUGCCAACAACGAUCAAAAUCUGGUUGAUGCUGACAGCGGAUUACAAGAGGAAGCCCAUAUUUACUGUGGCGAAUGGAAAGGGAAGCAAUUUAAGUACAUCGUUGUUCUCGGCCUUGUUGACAUUCAAUAUAAUAGAAAUUCAUAUUAUCGGAUGCAAUUGUUAGAAGCAAAUGACCUUAAAACGUAUUGGAUAUUUGAGUCAUGGGGAAGAAUAUCGACGGUAAUUGGCAGCAAAUUACUCACUGUCUAUCCAACCGUAGAGGAAGCUCGUGCAAAAUUCCAUGCUCUUUACUUGGAGAAAAGUGGAAACGAAUUUGGAAAAUUAACUUAUGGUUAUGGUUACAAACAACCAAAUAAAUUUUACCAUUUGCAAAUCGACUUUGGUCUGACACAACAGAUGCCCAAGAAGUAUAUUGAAACGAAACUGAGUCCGUCCAUCUAUCAGCUCAUGUCAUUGAUUUUUGAUACGAAGCAUAUGAAACAGAUGUGCUGUGACCUUGACCUCAAGCAAAUGCCGUUAGGUAAUAUUGAUUCGAAUCAGAUUCACUCGGCGAUGGGGGUUCUCAAGGUUAUUGCCACAUUAAUCACCAAUAACGGAACGCUUGGACAGCUCCGAGAUGCCUCAAAUCAGUUCUACACAUUGUUACCACAUGGAUUUUCCGUUAAAAGGCCACCAAUUAUCGAUUCCAUCGACAUGGUCAAGGCAAAGAAUGAAAUGUUGGAGAGUUUGCUCAACAUGGGCGUAAUCUAUGGCUUUUUGGAAGGUGAAAAUGGCGAAAAAACUAAUCCAUUAGACGCUUGCUACGAGAAGAUGAAAACUGGAAUCCAUCCAAUCGAUAAAACUGCCAUUGAAUUUAGAAAAAUCUGUGAAAUUGUACGUAAUACGCACGGGGCAUCACAUAAUUUAUAUACUCUGGAAGUGAUUGACGUGUUUAAAGUUAAGAGAAAACGAGAAGAUAUUCGUUCUCGUACAUACAAACAACUUGAAAACCACCAAAUGCUUUGGCAUGGCUCUGGUGUGACCAACUUUGUUAGUAUUCUGUCCAAAGGCCUGCGAAUCGCACCAAAAGAGGCUCCGUCCACCGGCUUUAUGUUCGGCAAGGGAAUUUACUUCGCGGAUAUUGUCAGUAAAUCAGCAAAUUAUUGUCAUCCAACCUACGGAGAUAACAUUGGUUUGAUGCUGUUGUGUGAUGUUGCAUUAGGAAAAAGUCGGAAUCCAAAAUACGCAGCAAAUUUGAAAGGUCUGCCGAAUGAAAUUGAACAGUCGGUUAAGGGUUGUGGCCAAACAUUUCCAACCGAAUAUUCAACGCUUGAUGGUGUGAAAGUAGCAGUUGGUGGUCUUCAAAAAGCCGAUUUUCCCACAGCUCUACAGUACAACGAAUACGUUGUUUACGAUAUUUCACAAGUGAAAAUGAAAUACUUGGUCAAAUUAAAAUUUAACUACAAAAAAUGAACAAAUAGAUAGUCAAUUGUCAAUUGUCAAUUUAAUUUCCAAAAAUAAAAAUCGUUGAAUUAACGAAA